AUGGCUGAAAGGAUGGACAGCAUUGAAGCAAUGCUGUACAAUAUGAAAGCAAGCCUCAAGGCAAUCCAACCAAGAAGCCAACAAAUUAAGCUCUCAAUGUCUGAUACCUCCAGUACAGUAAUCCGACCCGACAAAGGAAAGGCCCCGGCAAAGCCAGACGCAUCCAUGCCGGUUGACAACACAACUGUCAUCUCCAAACCAGAGCCUGAAUUUUUCGCUUUGACUCUUGGUGAAUAA